AUGCAGGAUAAUCGUCAAUUUAUUAUCAAUCUUGUGGCUGGCGGUCUUGGCGGUACUUUAGGCGCUGUAGCAACCAUGCCUUUGGAAGUAUUGAAAACACGCGGCCAAUCGUCGACAGCCAGUAUUCGUUCACUCCAUCUGCCAUCCAAUAUGGUGACCGCUACCGCGACAUUACCAACAUCGACUACUUUAGUUGGCUGGAUACGGUAUAUNUUAGCCACAGAAGGACCUACUGCUUUUUUUAAAGGUUUAAUACCUACGUUAGCUGGUGUUGCACCAACUCGUGCGUUAUAUUUAGCUUCCUAUGAUGCUUCCAAAAGUUUUUUCUCCAAUGACUUGCCUAAAGAUGCUUCCAUAACCCAUGGCUUAUCCGCUGCCACUGGCACUUUCUUGACAUGUACUAUCAUGAGUCCACUUUGGGUGGUCAAGACACGAAUGCAAUUGCAUAUCGAUACUAAAAAUCAAAUUUUACCCGUCAAAACUUGCUGCCAACAAAUUUAUCAAUCUGAUGGAUGGCGUGGCUUUUAUCGUGGCCUGACUGCUUCUUAUAUAGGCAUAUCAGAGAGUAUGGUUUAUUUUGUAAUCUAUGAAUGGCUAAAAAAGAUAAUUUCUCGAAAACGCGGUGAUCAAUCCAUUUCAGCAAGUACAUUUGGUAAUUACACCGUUGCCGCUGCAAUAAGCAAGGCUGUAGCAUCAAUUUCGACCUAUCCGUAUGAGGUUGUCCGAACCAGACUACGAGAAAAAGGUAGUCGUGGUAGAUAUAACACAUUCUAUCAAACUUUAACAAAAAUUGCUCGAGAAGAAGGUAGAAUUGGACUAUACGGUGGACUCUCACUGCAACUAAUUCGUUCAGUGCCAAAUACGGCUAUUAUAUUUGCGACUUAUGAAUAUGUCAAGUUCCACUUGGAGAAGAACCUUAAAAUAGUUGCUAAUUAA